AUGUCCAAACUACCAGGAACACCAGCGCUGGUGUUGCAUUACAUGCUGACACUCUAUACAGAGACCCGUAAUAAUGAUCUCGUCUGCCUGCAGUGGCCCUCACCGCCGCGCAACAUACUCCUGACGAAGAAGAACAACACCCCCAAGAUCACCGAGUCCCUAAUUGAGUACGCUCAGCACAUCCGAUCGUCCUACCCCGGAGUCCAUUUGCUGUUCGAGCGACAUGUAGCCGAAGAGGUCCAUGGGAGGCUCGCAUGCGCCGUCUAUACCACCCCAGCGGGAGUUUCAGCCGCAGCCCUUCAGCACAAGACCGACAUGAUCUGCACCCUAGGCGGGGACGGUACAAUCCUUCAUGCCUCGUCUCUGUUCGCAAACACCCAGCGCGUGCCUCCGAUCCUCUCAUUCAGCAUGGGCACACUGGGUUUCUUAGGUGAAUGGAAGUUUAAGGAGUACAAGCGGGCGUUUCGCGAGGUCUACAUGUCAGGGGCCAGCGCAGGAUACGGCAGUAACCUCUUCACGAAGCCAGAGGGACAACACCAACAGGAUGACUCCCACUCGCCGAUACCAUCAUCCUACAACGCUGCCCAUGCCGCCGCCGUGCAGCCGACAGGCUGGUCCUCCAUCCGCGGCAAAUCCAUGGGCUCCAACCGCGGCGCACGUGUCCUCCUCCGUAACAGACUGCGAGUCAGUGUUUUCGACGCGGACGGCAACCGCAUCGGCGGUAACAGCCAAGACCCUUCAGGCUCAGAUAGCGAUGUCUAUGCCAUGAAUGAGGUGAUUGUGCACCGCGGCGGUGAUCCUCAUCUCGCAAUCGUCGAAGUCUUCGUCGGCGGCCGAUUUCUCACCGAAGCAGUUGCCGAUGGCAUGAUCAUCUCAACACCUACGGGUAGCACUGCAUACAGUCUCAGCAGUGGCGGCAGCAUUGUGCAUCCGCUUGUGAAAUCGCUGCUGCUGACGCCAGUUUGUCCAAGGAGUCUGAGUUUCAGGCCGUUGGUUUUGCCAGCGAAUACUCCGAUCACGCUGAGGCUAAGUGAGAAGAACAGGGGCAGAGAGGUUGAAGUCAGCAUUGAUGGCGUUCGGAGAUCUAAGGGGGUGGGUGUAGGCAUGGAGGUCAGAGUCUUUGGCGAAAGGAUGAAAGACAAGCAUGGAAACUGGUGUGGUGGAGUACCGUCGGUCGUCAGAGGUGCUUGCGGUGCUGAAGCAACUGGCGAGGACCAUUGGGUGGGCGGAUUGAAUGGACUGUUGAAGUUUAACUAUCCAUUCGGAGAAGAGGUCUCCUAG